GAGGUGGUGCCACGAGCUUUUCAGGCUGCUGACUUGUCCUCCGGCCGCUUCGCCGAACUCCGGGGCCUUAACGAAGAUCUCGGGCUCUUGGGCUUCGGAAAUCUGAAGGUCCUCCUCCUCUCCGGCGCGCCUUUGACCUGCGAGGCACUGGGCGAGGUGCUCACUUUCGCGCCAAACCUAUGGAAACUGGAUGCCAGCUACUGCAGUUUGUCAGCUCUUCCGCCCCCGGAUCUUUGGAGCAGGAUGACUCACUUGAAAAGCUUGCUGCUCCACAAGAACCUCUUGGCCAAGUGGAGGGACGUGGAAGGGGCAUCCUGUCCACCAGCGCUCGAAUGGAUAUCACUCUAUGGGAACCCGAUCACAAGCCAACCUGAGUACCAGUCCUACGUGCUGAACAUUGCCAAGUCUUUGGUUGCCCUAGACCUGCGAGUUCUGACGGAUGAGGAGCACUUCGGCUCAAGCGAGUUUGGCUCAGCUGGAGCCGACGGUCACAUCAACAAGAAGAAGCCAGUCUUGCAAAUCAAGAAGACUCACUCGAACUUGGGCGGCGCCGAGAGCUUCAAGCGCUUUGCAGCCAAUAGCGAGGCCAGCGCGAUCCUCUUCCGCGAGAAGCCUCUGCCUUCUCCACUGUCAGCGUCUUCGUUGCUGAAAGAAGCCGCAGACGAGCUCCGGCAGCUCUAUACCAAGUCGGCCUACUGCAGUGCCGCGUUCGCCAUACAAGGGGGCUGGAGGGUCUAUAAGGCUCGAUCCUUGAAGGACCAGCUUCAGGCAAGGAAGGAGAACAGCGCCAUUAUGCUUCAGAAGUGUGCCCGGAAAUUCCUCUGGAAGAGGCAAAUGCAAACGUAUGUGCAGAAUUUCCUGGCGGAGGAAGAAGGUCUGGAUCUCCUUCUCAACGCCAAGGAGAUGUUGACUCUCCGUGCUUCCAAGCUGAUCGAGUCUUCCGUCAGACGCUGGGUGCGAAGGAGAAAGGAGCGACGUACCGUGCGUCAGGCUGCCACGAUCAUCGUGCGCAAUGUCAAAGGCUACCUCACACGCUGCAAGCUGCUGCGGAAGUUCCUGAAGCUGGACAAGUACCGGCGGAUCUUCUUCCCUGCAUCCUUCACGUGGGAGGCGAUCGUCUUGCUCAACGUGGCCAGGGCUGCGUGCGACAUGCCUCCACUACCCCGUGAGCAUCAGUUCGAGGCCGCUGAUGUCAUGGCAAUCCGGAUGGUGGACUCCAGCGAGAUUCCUCGCCUCAAGUCAGAUGUUUCCCGACUGCUGGCUUUCAGGAACUUCAGUUUACUGCGGCCAAGCCAUAGCGAACGCUACCCGAGCAAUCUCUGGGAUGGCCCAUUUCAUCGACUGGUCCCCGGCGGUGCCCCAGCGCACAUUUGCAAGGCCUACCAGAAAGUGCGCCGACGCGCAGCCAACGUCGACAACGUGUGUCGUCAGGUGUUUCUGGCGUCCUGUGCGCCUGGGCCUCAUCCCAUCCAUCGAGCACCAUGUCUGGAAGGUCCGUUCGUCGUCAGGGACACACAGGCGCCCGACUUUCGGGAACUCUAUCGCUUCGGCACAAUGCUCGGGGAGGGCGACUUCGGGAUCGUGUACACGUGCGAUGUGCGCCCGGGUCCUUUGUGGGACGAGGAGCUCAUGCGUGAGGCUGAGUCCAGACAUUCCACUGUGGAGGAGGACCCGGACGAAUUGGGUGUCUCAGCGGAGCACGAAGGACACCGGAAUCUGGCCCGCUUGCUGGCGGAACGGAGGCAUAUUUUGCAGAAGGAGAUGGACCAACGCCGUGAGCGGCAGAUGCAUCUUGUGGAUCAGCCCACCAAGCUGGAUGUGCCAACGGGUGGCCUGGUGGUGAAACUCGUGGAUCAUCGGUCCAGCUGGUGGGGCAGCCUAGCGGACUUUUGUCUGCAUUCUUCGCAGCAAGGGAAGUCAUGGCUUCUGCUGUCCAAGGAGGUGAAGAAGCUGUCGCAGCUCUCGCAUCCAAACCUCAUCAAGACGCACAACCUCUUCGUGGACGAUUACUUCGUCUACUUCGUGAUCUCCAGGUUUCCCUGCAGUUUACGAGAUGGGAUCUUGAACGCCUGCCGGUUCUCUCGACGCGGCCUACCACUUCCUAUUGCUGCGGAUGUAGCCGGACAGCUUCUCGCUCCGUUGGCUUAUCUCCACGCACGCCGUGUUGUCCACCGCGGCAUCACUCCCGACAACCUCGUCGUCUCCUCUCUCGACAUCCUUCGAGAGCGGUUUACGUUGGUGAUCGCCGACCUUUACUCGACUGCUCGGUGCAUCGAGGAUGGGGCGUACCUGUCGGAGGUCAUUGGCUCUCCAGAGUACUGGGCACCGGAGCUGGCGGAGUGCGAGUACAGCUACCCUGCAGACGUCUGGGCAGCUGGCGUGGUGCUGUGGUUCGCUGUGGCCAAGAAGUUGCCAUUCCAGAGUCUGGAGACUGUCCUCCUUCGCGACCUGGAACCCAAUGCCCGUGUGGCACCUGAAGCCUAUGAUGGCCUCUCUCAGCUACUCAGUCGUGAUGUCGAAGGCAGGGCGACUGCUGAAGAGGCAUUGCGGCAUGAUUGGAUCCUCGAGAGCCAAAACGGACCAGCAAUGAUCUCUGCCGCUUCCCGGCGGGGCGCCGUUACCACCUCUUCGUCGGAGCACGUGUCGAAGGGGCUGGAGGGUGCAGAUGGUGAGAGGGACGACAGUGACGAGAUUCGGAUUUGCUCACAGAAGUACCUGGUGUUCUGA